GGCAAAUGCAGCACACCGCUAAACCCUACCACCAAAGACCCUGGAAGCCAAUUGGAACCAACGUUCUAGCAACUCCCGCGCUCUCUGACAGCCCACCUUGACAAGGCUGAACAGCGGGCGAAGGAACUUUCCGAAGCAAACUUCAGGCCAAGCAUCUCAACUUUAAACUCGCGUCCAUCAAGCGAUCAACGACAGCAUUCUCGCAUUCCACAGGCUAGAUUUUCAAACAUGGCGGCUCCGUCUAUGAGCUUUCCGCGGGCGGUGUUUGCGAAGCUCUCGCCGCAUCCAUAUCUCCUCAGGACGCUCGCGCCGCAACCGCCGUCAGACGCCGCUGCCAGCCGCACAAACGGCCGAGCCCCGCAUGAGGCUCGCCCCGUCCACAUCCACACGUCGUCGCUGUCGCAUGCCCACGGCAGCGCCCUCGUGCGCACCGGUGACACCACCGUCAUCUGCGGCGUGCGAGGCGAGGUGCUGCCCGUGGCUAACAUCCCGCAGUACCGGCCGCAAGCAACACAGCAACAGCAGCAGGACGACAGCCACGAGAGAGCAGACGAGAGGGGCGGCCUGGGCCGCGGCGAGCUCAAGGACUACGACCUUCUCGUGCCCAACAUCGAGCUGGCCACGGGCUGCGCGCCCCAGUUCCUCCCCGGCGUGCCGCCCACCACGCUCGCCCAGACGCUCAGCACGCGGGUCUACUCGCUGCUGCACAGCUGUCGCGUCGUCGACCCCAAGUCCCUGCGCAUCUGGUACACGCCGCCGACGGCAGUAGGCGACGAGAUGGACACAGAGGAGCAGCAAAGGCAACAAGAGGAGGCAGACGAUGGCGACGACGGCCCGCAGCUCGCCGCGUACUGGGUGCUCUACAUCGACCUGCUGUUCGUGUCGCUCGACGGCAACCCGUUCGAUGCAGCCUGGACCGCCGUCAUGGCCGCCCUGCGCGACACCAAGCUGCCGGCCGUGCGGUGGGACCCCGACCGCCAGGCCGCCGUGCUUCAGUCCUACUCACAGCCGACUACUACUACUACUGCUACCGCGGCGGCAGCAGUACCGGGGCAGGACAAGAACAGCGUCAAGACAACACCGCUGCCCGUCGCGGGGCUACCCGUCGCGUGCACGGCGGCCAUGUUCCCCGAGAAGGAGCACGGCGGCGAGUCAAUGGCUGCUUCUGCUGAGGCUACUGUCGGCAACCGGCACUGGAUUUUGUUGGACCCGGACCGCUCCGAGGAGACGCUCUGCAGCGAGACCAUCACCAUGGUGGUGGACUGCAGCGAAGGCGGCGAGACGAGGAUCAAGAGCAUCGAGAAGCAGGGCGGUGUCGUGAUCGGCCGCGAGCUGAUCAGGGGGUUCGCGGGCGUCGCCGAGAAGAGGUGGAAGGAGGUGCGGGAUGCCAUGCAGUAAUCCAAGUAGCAGGCAGGCGCCGGGGAGGGACUACUAGACUACAAAGUUCUAUUUGCUCAGAGGAAGAUUAAAAGCAUAAUGGAUUGGCAUUGUGAGCGAAGUAGGUAUUUUUUUAAAAAAAAAAUAUAUGGAGGGACAGGCGACAAAAAGAAAUGGAUGGCAUUGAUACCCCGAAAGGAUCGAUGCGCCUGGUUUAUCUGGGACAGUGUGGGAGAGAGAGACGGCUUCGUCCGUACCUUUUUUUUCUCGGCGACUCCUGUGGAAGACGAAAUGCUGGGCUUUACUGAGACUGAUACUGGUACCGCUGUGCUGAAAAUGUCGUGGUGGAAGAUUCGAUCACGUAGGCAGAAAGUACCUAGCGCGGUCACAGCCAACUUGACAAUCCAAGAACGAAACGGAAUAACCGGCAUGGUGAAAUAGAAUACCAACUCACGAUAUUGGUAAGUGAUCAUAGUGCAAAAUGCACAGUGGAUCAGGAGAA